UCUUGCUCGUUUUCAGCGUCGCUCAGCUUUUGGAUAAUAAAUAUCUGCUAAUGACUCAUAAUAUGGUAAGCGAAUGUCUAAUUAUCUUUAAAAGUAACGAGGAAAGCUUUCAAAAAUUGGCCGUUAUACAGCAAUAAAUACGCAUGGAGAUAACAGUUUUGGUGAACUGUCAAAGAAAAACCCUGGAAUAGUAAAAGCAAAUAGACGGUGUCUUGUUGCUCUUUCAAGUGUAAGAACACUGAUACUUCUAAAACUCAGCUCUACUUACGCCCAUUGGUUUUAUUGUUGUCGAGCUCUUUAUUUCAAGAACUAAUAUUAAGCUUCAUGCUCCUCAGUUGGAUGUUCAGCAGUCAAACGACUAUACUAGUUGGCGUCUAAAGGAAUAAAUCAUCUGACGUCACCAGUUGGUCGUCUGUUGGGUGAGUGGGUAUAGCGCCACCUCUCUGAGCUCCUGGGUCAGUCUACAUCGCUUGCACGACCGGGAUGUAUCUCUACCGCCUGUUGAUGCACGUGAUCCCCAUCCUCACGGCCCUGCGGCACGUGACGGCAGAUGAGACGGCAAGGGCAGUGUCCAGUGCAGGCCCUAAUGUAUGUGGGAGAGGACCGAGAAGUCACUGUUGCCCGGGUUGGACAAAUAGACCAGGAAUCAGUUCACUUUGCAUUGUUCCCAUUUGUCGUUCAUCCUGCGGUGAUGGCCGUUGCAUCCGACCCAAUACUUGCUACUGUGGAAACAGACAAUUUGCCCCAACUUGCGGAGGUGGAGGUAUCACACCAGGAGGAGGAGGUGGAGUACCUGAUACUGGACCUGGCAGUCAGCAACAGCUAGGUUUAUGCCAGGAACCUUGUCUCAAUGGCGGGCGUUGCAUUGGGCCUGAUCGUUGUGCCUGUGUGUAUGGCUUCACCGGCAGGCGAUGUGAAAGAGAUUAUCGUACCGGCCCAUGUUUUAGGAAGGUAAAGAAUCAGUUCUGUGCUGGUCAAUUAACUGGAGUCGUAUGCACUAGACAACUGUGCUGUGCAACUGUGGGAGUUGCUUGGGGACAUCCAUGUGAGCAGUGCCCCUCCCAACUGGAUUGUGAAAGAGGCUUAAUUACUAACAUACAAUCCAAAUCCUGCCAUGAUGUGGACGAAUGCGAAGCCAUCCCUGGAAUAUGCGAAAAAGGAAAGUGCGUCAAUUCCAUAGGGUCUUUCCGAUGCGAAUGCGACCAUGGUUACUUAUACAACGAAGACGUCAGCGCCUGUGAAGAUGUAAACGAAUGUGAGAAAAACCCGGAUUUGUGUACACAUGGAAGAUGCGUCAACACAGAAGGUAGCUUCAAUUGCCUUUGUGACUACGGAUACGUACCAUCGCAGAGCCAGCAAGCAUGUUUAGACACUCGACAAGGUAAUUGCUAUGUCGACGUCAUGGGAGGACAAUGCAGGAAUCCUCUGGCUGUGCGGCUAUCCAAAGUAGAAUGUUGCUGUGGUGAGAACAUGGGUAAAGGAUGGGGCGAACAACCUUGUGAGACAUGCCCCUUACCUGGAUCAAAGGCACACAGCCAGCUCUGCACAGCCGGUAACUUGACAAUCAACGAAUGUGAUCUGAGAAGAGAUCUUUGCGAAAAUGGCCGUUGCAUCGAUACACCAUCUUCUUACAGAUGUGAUUGCAACAGGGGUUACAGAGGCCAGAAUAAUGACAAAAAAUGUGUUGAUAUCGAUGAAUGCCAGAAUGCAACAAUAUGUCAAAAUGGGCGCUGCAUGAACACUAUAGGAAGUUUCUUCUGCAUGUGCCCUCCUGGUUACGACUUGACAUCUGAUGGAAGUAGAUGUACUAAUCAAGACGAGUGUUCUAUAACGGGCAUGUGUGCGAAUGGCGUCUGUGUCAACGUCGAUGGCUCUUUCAUAUGUCGAUGCAACCCUGGUUUUCAGUUGUCCCAAACGAGACAAUCCUGCAUUGAUGUCGACGAAUGUCAAGAAAAUGGACGGAUAUGCUUGAGAGGCCGAUGUGAAAACCAGCCCGGGAGCUACAGUUGCCACUGUCAAGAUGGUUUCAUCUUGUCACCAGAGGGCGAUUUCUGCUUAGACAGAAAUGAAUGUGAAGAGAAAGGUAUGUGCAGAAACGGCAUGUGUGUUAACGCCGACGGAAGCUUCAAAUGUAUAUGCGGUCCUGGGUACCAGCUGUCACGAGAUGGACACUUUUGCAUUGAUGUCAAUGAAUGCACCGAAACUCCGGAUUCAUGCGUUAAUGGCAGAUGUGAAAAUACAGACGGAAGUUUCAGAUGUACGUGCUUUGACGGAUUUACUAUGGGACCCAAUGGAAGAAUUUGCCAAGAUACACGUCGAGAUUAUUGCUUUUCAAACUACAAGAAUGGGGAAUGCAGCAAUCCUUCUUCCAUGAUUGUUACAAAAUCCGCUUGUUGUUGUGCUAACCGGGGAACAAUGACACCAGCAUGGGGCACUCCUUGUAUACAAUGUCCCCCUCUAGGAUCUCAGGAAUUCCAUCGGCUGUGCCCAAAGGGCCCAGGCAGUGGACAGGAUGAUGAUAUUAAUGAAUGCAUUGUGUUUCCAAACAUCUGUCCGAAUGGAGCCUGCGAAAAUCUAAAAGGCAGUUACAGAUGUGUAUGCAAUGAUGGAUACCAAAUUGAUGGAACAGGAAAAAUUUGUUCUGACAUCAAUGAAUGUGCAGUCAAUCUGUUGUAUUGCGAAAAUGGCCAGUGCCGGAACACUCCAGGUAGUUUUCAAUGUACCUGUCCAACAGGCACAAGACAUAAUGUACUUACCAAUAUUUGUGAAGAUAUUGAUGAAUGCAAAGAACGAGGAUCAGAAAUAUGUAUCGGCGGUACAUGUUUUAACACUCAAGGAAGCUAUCAGUGUGAAUGUGAACCAGGUUCUGCUUUGGAUGCUUCAAGAAAUAUCUGCAUUGAUAACAGAAGAGGUUCAUGCUGGAUGACAGUCAGAGAAGGGCGUUGUGAAAAUAACAUAAAAUUCCCAAUGCUGAAGUCUGAAUGUUGCGGAUCAGUUGGAAAAGCAUGGGGUAGUCCCUGUCAACUCUGUUCGGAAAUAGAGAGCCGAUGUCCAAAAGGCUUUGCUAUGCUAGAUGGAUCUACCUGCACAGAUGUGAAUGAAUGUGAAAUCUUCCCUGAUAUUUGUCAAGGUGGAGGACUAUGUGUGAAUGCUGAAGGUUCUUACAGAUGCAACUGUCCACCUGGUUGGACUUUGGACACUACGGGCACGAAAUGCUACGAUUUAAGGGAAGAAAUCUGUUUUAUGCAGUACGACAAGGGUCGUUGUCUCAGACCUUUCGAUGGCCUUUAUAGAAAGAUGCUGUGCUGCUGCUCAUUAGGCCGUGCUUGGGGUCAUUCUUGUGAACCAUGUCCACGUCAAGGAACAGAGGCUUUCAACGAGCUUUGUGUGAAAGGAUUUGGAUUUGCUUAUGAUGGCCGUGGUCGAGCUGAACCUGGACUUAUAACUGAUAUCAACGAAUGUGUGCAGUUUCCGUCUAUUUGCCAGAAUGGAAGGUGUAGAAACGCAAUAGGAACCUUUACUUGCAACUGCAAUCCAGGAUUUGCUCCAGAUGCGGACGGUUUGAACUGUACUGAUAUCAACGAGUGUGCCAUAACACACGAUAUUUGUGCCAACGGUACUUGCAGAAAUAUUCCUGGUUCUUUCCGCUGUGAUUGCAACGACGGAUACGAGGAUGUUAUGAUGAUGCAAAUGUGUAUAGAUAUCAAUGAAUGUACUAGGAUCAGAGGACUGUGUCGAGGUGGAUCGUGCCUCAAUACCCCAGGCUCUUUCAGAUGUGACUGUCCUCCUGGCCACGAACUCACUCCUGAUGGAAGAGCUUGCAAAGAUGUGGAUGAAUGUAGUCGAACAAGUGGUAUUUGUUCGAACGGAGUGUGUGAAAAUAUGAUGGGCUCAUACCAAUGUACAUGCAAUGAUGGAUACAAACAAACAUCUCAGCACACCAGUUGUGAAGAUAUUGACGAAUGUGCCGAUAGAAAAGGUGGAUGCAUGACCAAAUGUGUGAAUGUGGCAGGAAGCUUUCGAUGUGACUGUGAUGACGGUUACAAACUGAUGCCUGAUGGAACCACUUGUGAAGAUAUUGAUGAAUGUAGAGAUAUUCCUGACAUUUGCAGUGGCGGUAAAUGCACAAAUUAUGCUGGUUCUCAUUCCUGUCAUUGCACCGGUGGAUUGAUGCCAUCACCAGAUGGCAAAUCUUGCACAGAUAUUGACGAAUGUGCUUUAAAUCCAAAUGUUUGCCUCAACGGUCGCUGUGUAAAUAACCUUGGAUCGUACAUCUGCCAUUGUGAUUUCGGAUAUUCAGUCAAAGAUCAUGAGCAAGGAUGUACAGAUGAUAAUGAAUGUGAAACAGGACUAAGCGACUGUGAUGAACAUGCUGAUUGCAUCAAUACGCUUGGAUCUUAUCAGUGCAAUUGUCUGGAAGGAUUCAAAGGAGAUGGCUUUGUUUGCAGAGAUGUCAAUGAAUGCUUGAGGGACAAUGGCGGUUGCCAUCCUGAUGCUGCGUGCAUCAACACCAUUGGAUCUUUUAUGUGUUCAUGCGAUGAAGGAUAUUCAGGAGAUGGAUUCACUUGUCGAGAUAUGGAUGAAUGCAGUUUGAACCCAACUCUAUGUGAAAACGGCCAAUGUCUGAAUUACCCUGGAGGGUACAAAUGCGAGUGUGAUUUGGGUUUUGGCCCAGACAACAGUGCAACAACAUGCGUGGACGUCGAUGAAUGCGCCAUGUUUCAGAACUAUUGUGCUUUUGGAAGAUGCGAAAACAUUUUCGGAAUGUUUCGAUGCAUCUGUGAUCCUGGUUUUGAACUAGACUCUACCGGAGGGAACUGUACAGAUACCAAUGAAUGCGAAAAUCCUCAGAUUUGUCAGUAUGGAACAUGUGUUAACACUCCUGGGUCCUUCACUUGCGAGUGUCCCCCAAAUUAUACACUAUCUCCAACUGUCGCAGAUUGUGUGGAUAUCAGGGAAGGACAAUGUUUUCUCGAUGUAACCCGUGUUUUCCAUGGUCGCGGGAUCUGCAGCACAGAAAUUGGAGAAAGGCUUACGAAAGCUACUUGUUGUUGCUCUGUUGGUAAAGGAUGGGGUCCCACUUGUGAAGUUUGUCCAGUUUUUAAUUCAACGGAAUAUCAAAAUCUGUGUCCUGGAGGAAGAGGAUAUAGCCCUAAUAAAAUCACCGUUAAAAUAGGAGACAUUGAUGAAUGCCAAGAGCUUAAUGGUAUCUGCAAAGGCGGAAGAUGCUCGAAUACAUUUGGAAGUUUCAUGUGCAUGUGUCCCGAUGGCUAUACAUUAGAUGAUACCCACAGAAAUUGCGUUGAUUCUGAUGAGUGUUCUAUAUGGUCUGACAUCUGUGGAGCUGGAACUUGCAUGAACACAAUAGGAAGUUAUACUUGCUCUUGUCCAUCGGGUUAUGCUUUAGUACCUGGAGGAACGUGUGUUGAUAUGCGGAAAUCAAACUGCUUCCGGCAAGCUUACAAUACUUCAACGAUUCCACCCCGCCUGGUAUGUGAACAUCCAAUGAUGUCAAAUGAAACUCGUAUGAUUUGUUGCUGCUCAGUCGGCCGUGCUUGGGGAGAUCCAUGUGAACCUUGUCCGAUUCAAAACUCAGGUAGGUUCCUAGUUUAA